AUGAAGCUUUGUUUGGAUGAAUUCUGUCAUCUCUCUGGCCAAAAAGUUAGCUUUGAUAAAUCUAGGAUCUGUGUCUCCCCAAACAUUUGCUCCGACUUGGCUAACUCUAUUGCUACCAUAAGUGGUUCUCCUGACAGCUCAAAGUACCUUGGUGUUCCUCUUAUCCACACUAGAGUUGACAAAACAACUUAUCAAGAGGUCAUUGUUAAAGUUCAGAAAAGGUUAGCUUCUUGGAAACACCACACCCUAUCUAUGGCUGCUAGGAUCUCCCUUCUUCAAUCUGUGACUGCUGCUAUUCUUCUGUAUACCAUGCAAACUGUCAAGUUGCCUAUAUCUGUCUGUGAUAGGCUUGAUCAGUUGAAUAGAAACUUUCUUUGGGGGCACACUGCUGAUAAAGCUACUAUUCAUUUAGUGAACUGGGAAACCUUCUGCAAACCCAAGGUUGUUGGUGGCUUGCGAAUUAAGAAAAUGGCUUGGAUGAACCAAGCGCUUUUGGCUAAAUCUGGUUGGAGACUCCUUCAAUAA